AUGGCUCAUCCAGCUAAGAAAGUGAUGGUCCUUGCUGGCGUUGGAUCAGCCUCAGGUGUCGGUGGUGCUGCAGCGCGGUUGUUCGCGCAAUCCGGCUACAACGUGGCGCUCAUCUCCCGUGCGAGCAAGAAGUUGGAUGAGUUCGCAGAGAGUGUACGAGGAGAAGGUGGUCAGGCUGCCGUGUUCCCGCUAGCAUCUUAUUCACAUACCGACAUGCAAUCGGCAUUUGCUGCUGCACGUUCGCAUUGGUCAGAUGCUCCCGUCCGGGUUGCGAUCUUCAAUGCAGGCGUCCCGCUGUUCAAGCCGUUUCUCGAGACAUCGGAAGAAGACUUUCAGGCUACAGUCAAUACGAACGUGAUGGCCGCCUCGUCGUUCGCUCGCGAGAGUGUCUUGACCUUCAAGGACCAAGAUCUCGAUGAACAUGGCAAAAGAGGGACACUCCUGUUCACGGGUGCUAGCGCCGCUCUGAGGGGCGGUCCUGUCACAGCAGCAUUCUCGAUGGGAAAACACGCUGUUCGCGCUCUAGCGCAAAGCCUUGGCAGGGAGUUUGGUAAGGAGAACAUACAUGUCGCGCAUACCGUUGUAGACGGCCUUAUUCUACAAGAACAUACCCGGGCAUUCAAAGGAGAAGAGUGGGCAUCGAAUCCGGACGCUCGGCUUGACCCUCAAGCUAUCGCAAAGGCGUAUAUGUAUCUUGUCGAGCAAGAACGCUCCGCAUGGACGUCAGAACUCGAUCUUCGCCCUGCACAUGAGAAAUGGUGA